CCAAUGCGUUGCUCUCCCUCCCGUCCAUUUCCCCCUUCCGCCACUUCGCAUCUUCGUGACCUACAGGAGAUAUCGGAUUCCCUCUCCCGAUGGAGGGCUCGUUGAAGCCGAUGGAUGCGGAGCAGCUGAGGGAGUGCGGCCACAGGAUGGUCGAUUUCAUCGCGGAUUACUACAAGAGCAUCGAGUCGUUCCCCGUCCUCAGCCAGGUCAAGCCUGGAUACCUUGCGGAGCUUCUGCCUGAAUCUGCACCCAAUGAUCCUGAAUGUUUGCAAGACGUUUUUGAUGAUAUCCUUCAGAAGAUAAUACCUGGCAUAACCCAUUGGCAAAGCCCAGAUUACUUUGCUUACUUUCCAUCUAACAGCAGCACAGCUGGAUUCUUGGGAGAAAUGCUCAGUGCUGGAUUCAACAUUGUGGGUUUCAGUUGGGUUACUUCUCCUGCUGCAACAGAACUUGAAGUGAUUGUCCUUGAUUGGCUCGCUAAAAUGCUUAAGCUGCCUAACCAGUUCCUUUCAACUGGCAAGGGUGGUGGGGUAAUCCAGGGUACUGCAAGUGAAGCAAUUCUUGUUGUUCUAUUAGCUGCUCGUGAUAAGAUAUUGAGGAAGGUUGGGAAGAAAUCCUUGGAAAAACUAGUGGUUUAUGCUUCUGAUCAGACACAUUCUGCUUUGCAAAAAGCAUGCCAGAUUGCAGGAAUCUUUCCGGAAAACCUCAGAGUUCUGAAGACUGAUUUGACUUCAAACUAUGCUCUUUCUCUUGAAGUUGUUUCGGAAGCAAUAUCUAGUGAUUUAACAGCAGGAUUGAUACCAUUUUUUAUAUGUGCCACAGUUGGCACCACAUCCUCGGCAGCUGUUGAUCCCAUAUCUGAGCUAGGAAAAAUAGCUAAGGCCUUUAGUAUGUGGUUUCAUAUAGACGCUGCAUAUGCCGGCAGUGCUUGCAUUUGUCCAGAGUUUCGUCAUUAUAUUGAUGGCGUGGAAGAAGCAGAUUCGUUUGGUAUGAAUGCGCAUAAAUGGUUCCUUACAAAUUUUGAUUGUUCAGUGCUUUGGGUACAGGACCGAAGUGAUUUGAUCCAGUCCCUUUCCACAAAUCCUGAGUAUCUUAAGAAUAAGGCCUCGCAAGAAAAUGCUGUUGUGGAUUUCAAAGAUUGGCAGAUUCCUCUUGGACGCAGAUUCAGGUCUUUAAAGCUAUGGUUAGUUUUGAGGCUAUAUGGCGUUGCAAAUCUACAAAGCUACAUUAGAAAUCACAUACAUUUGGCUGAACAAUUUGAACAACUUAUAACUUCUGACUCAAGGUUUGAGGUUGUGGCCCCUCGGACCUUUUCAUUAGUAUGCUUCCGCCUUAUUCCUCCGCCAAAUGAUCAAAAUAAUGGUUAUAAACUCAACCAUAGUUUAUUGGAUGCUGUCAAUUCAAGUGGGAAAAUCUUCUUAUCACAUACUGUUUUGUCAGGGAAUUUCAUCUUGCGUUUUGCUGUUGGAGCACCACUUACGGAAGAUAGACAUAUUAAGACAGCCUGGCAGGUGUUGCAGGAGCAGGCUACUACUCUUCUAAAGGACUACUAGGUUCCUCGAGUGAUUUUGCAAGUCUGGAUCGCAGUGACAUCAAGCCAAUUCAUUAUUUUUUGGUAAACAUCUGGUCACUAUCAAUGCUGCUAUUCAAGGAAUAUGAAAUGCUUGUAUUAAUCUAGUGACCAGCAGCAGUUCCUCUUAGUGAUUUGAGAUUACUGAAGACUUCAAAUUGGAUUACACGGUAUUCUUCGGGAUCCUUGGUGCAAUUCUUCAGUUUAAUGGUAGUAAGCUAUAUAGAGCAUUGAGAUCUUACUUGGAACCAACAAUUUUUACUCACGCAUGUAUGCAUACCGACUAUGUUGCUUGACGAUUUUUACUUCAUUUUAUUUCUGCUGCAGAAAUGGUAGCUUUCAUACA